UACCCAUGCUGCCACCGUCCGCGGCCGGGGGCGGCCACUCGACGGGAGAGGAGCGGAUGGAGAGAGGGGCAGAGGAGCGGGAGAGAGGAGAGGAGCGGCGACCUGAGCUGGGCGGCAGCAACCAGUUUACUCUGGCCGGAUCUCUGCAGCACUCGGUGGCGCUGCUGCUCAAUGCACAGCUGUCUCUGGUGAACGCGGCGCUGUUGAACCACCUGCUGGUCGACCUGUCUCUGAUGGAGCACCUGGUCACCCUGCGCCGAUUCCUGCUGCUGGCUGAUGGGGAGUUCGGCUCCCGGCUCUGCAGUCAGCUCUUCCACCUGGUGGGCACCGUGCGAACGCCACACCAGCUGCUGAGCCCCGCUACACUCAACUCGGUGCUCAGUGAGGCGCUGAGCGCUUCUGUCUGGGGCGACCACCCGCUCACCGAACGGCUCAGCUUCGUGGCGAACGAGGUGCCUGACGUGCUGGACAGAUCCUCGCCGUCAGUGCUCACCUGUCUGGACAUGGAGUACCGCGCCGGCUGGCCCCACUGCCUGGUACUCACCGACCAGUGUCUGGCGCGCUACAAGGCCAUCUUCCAUCUGUUCCUGCAGCUGCGCCGUGCUGUCUGGGCGCUGGAGCGCGCCUUCAGCCUUCUGAAGGCGGCGGGUGAGCUGUCCCCGUCGGGCGCCAGCGGCGGGCCGCAGGUUCAGCGCCUGCAGCUGUGCCGGCACGAGAUGCAGCACUUUGUGCUGGCGCUGCAGGGCUACCUGACCGGGCAGGUGCUGCAGGUCAGCUGGGCCGAGCUGCGCCGGGAGCUGCUGGUCAGCGUACACACGCUGGACGAGCUGCGGGCAGCGCACGUCGGCUACAUCAGACACGCCGCCAGACGGUGUCUGCUGAACGCCAAGUCGGAGCCCAUCAUGAAGAUUGUCCAGGACGUGCUGCGUAUUGUGCUCAAGUUUCACGCGCAGCUGAGCGCCGUCCAGUGGACGGUGGACGCCGACGGACAGGUGGUCCACCCGACGUUCGCGGCCGUGAUGAAAACGCACCGCCAGUUCAGCGGCUACUCUCGGUUCCUGUUCAAAGUUGUGAACAAGACCAAGGAUCGCUUCUACCAACCGCACCUGAACGAUCUUGCCAACCGCCUGAACUUCAACGGCUUCUACACAUCAGAUGUCGGGCCCGUCUAGCUCGCGAACCGCUGGGCGUCUUGCUCGGCUAGCUCACGAGUCACUGGACAUCGGGCCUGUUAGCUCACGAGUUACUGGACAUCGGGUCCUUAUAGCUCACGGGCCCCUGGAUGUCUGAUGAGUCAAGCUCAUGAGCCACUUUUAGAGCUCUAGACUUGAUGUGGAACUGAGGUACUUGUCGUUGCUAGGUGACACGUGUAGAUAUCAAGUAAAUUAAAUUCUUUCCCUUCUCGUCCGCUGUAUUUCUCCGACCUCUCGGCUAUUGUUCAUAACUAAAAGUGUCGUUUAAUUGUGAUGCCAAGACAUUUUAUAUAACUGUGUUGCUAUGUCGGUAAACAAAGAAAAUGUUGGUGUAUGCUUUAGUACCAGUGCCUGCUACUCAAACGUCUGUAUCUUUAAGUCGCGCACCUGUCUCAUAUUCCUCAUCUUCUUCGAAUACGUAGCUGAUUUUUGUCGAACUGAGUACCGUCAACACUUUUAUGGUGCAUCCGAUACAUUUGUAAGUUGUAAACAGGCGGCGAAGUUUGACACUAAUGGGUUUACCUCCUUGAAUCUCUGAGCCGUGUGCUCCUCCGCCGCUCCCGAGGGCCUGAUGUGCCCGGAUCGGUGGUACACGAGACCCGGAGACGCCACUGGUAAAGUCCUUGCGGCGAUUGAACUCUCUGUGAUGUGUGUUGAUGUGGGUUUGAUUAGAUGGGUUUUACCACAGCCCUGCAUCUGUUGCCUGAAAGACGGCGACCGUCCGCCGCUCCAGUCGGGUAGACUGUGCUCGCCAGACUGCAAUCCUGGUCCGCAAUGGGAGUUUGGGUGGUUGUGAUCGCCCCAGAGCUGACAGAAAUGAGGCGGUCUGCGGCCGGAGGGGUGUCUGGCCGUCGCGCUCGGGGCGUCUGUGCGCCAUGAAUUGGAAACUGGUACCGCCAGCUGUGCUGAAGUGAGAGAGUCUGGGCUGGAUAAGCACGGAUGUGUGGUCGGGUCGAAGUGGAUUUUCCAGUGCAGUGCUAUAGCAUCGAUCACAACGUUGAAACGUUAACGUCGUGACUGCUCGUUCGCCAAAAGUGCAGGAUGGUAGUGUAAAAUGUAAGGCGGAAAGUGUAGCAGUAUGAAUGGACGAUGUCUUCCGGUUUCCAAGUGAGAAGCCUGCACUCGAGCUGGUAAUGGGCUACUUAAUUUGUCAUGACACUUCUGUCACUCGAGCUUUGAGAAUGAGCGUACUACUUUCUACUUGUUAUUGGUCUCAUAUGUCAAGCUGUGGCUAGCAUUCCUUUGCUUUGUCGCCAUGAGUCGCUGAUCUUCUCAGUAUCAAACGCCAAGCUGACAUGGUUUAAGUGCCAACUAGUCUAAUGAUUUGAUGUUUCGUCUCUGGCUUAUGAUGGAUGCAGCAGCGUAUGUGUCGUAAUGUAAUGUGUCUUGUCAACUUAACCUUUGCGUACAUUCCUCGCAGUUGCUUGUAUUGUGAAGCUAUGGCAAAUACAUGACGUCAAUCAACC